AUCUCCGGGGAGAGCGAUGAUAACCCACCGGCCUCAGGGGGUACCAAACUAGAGUGGUAGUAGUGCCUAGUGGUAGACGCUGUUGGGAUGGAUUGGUGGAUGGUGGUGGUGGUGCUGGAUACGAGCGAAGGGAAAAGCAUAAACCCAACGGUGGAGGGUGUCCGCAGGUGUUUCCCGGCACUCUCGGGCGCCCUAAGUGCCAUGCAGAGUCUAUCCUAUGCUAUGUUGCGUUAUAUAGGUAUCACUUUGCAGGAGUAGAGCGAGUGGAGAAGAGAGACGAGGCCGAUACGAGUUGAGAGCAGAGCUAGUAGUGGUGGUGGUGGUGGAUCUCGAGUGUAGAGGGGACCAUCCUCCAUUGCCACCGCCACCGGUGCCGAACAGGGCACAAGAGAAGGGAGCACAGCACAACAAGGCGAUGCUCGAUUUUGCGCACUGGCUCCUGUGCUUUAUCUACAACCCUGCCGCUGAUACCGAGCCAGACAAUCCUUCAGAGACUCCUCCGGAGGAUGCUGUGCCGGAGACACUAGCAUUGUUCCGUCGAGAAAAGGCUGGAUCUCUAGAUUUCUAGUGCGCGCGAACAUAAGCGACCCAAGCUCUGAUUAGAUUUGUGAUAAAAAAAAAAGACUUCAGUCAGUUUGAGUUUUAGUUUUAGUUUUAGUUUCAGUUCCAGUUCCAGUUUUAGUCAGCUUUUUCUGGCGGUUAACACCAGCCCCCAGGCUAAAGUUGUUGUUUAUUUUAUUUUAUUAUCAUUAUUUAUCGAGCAAUAUCCUGGCGGGCAGGAUACGGAUGCUGGAUGUUGGAAUUCAAUGGGUCUCAAGUCGUUUUCAACCUCCGGAAAGGAUGAGACAACAUUUCAGUAUAUCAUUUAUAAAUGCGUAAAAUGGUAUGACAUCAGAAGCCGGCGGAUGGGCCUGCAAUGAGUUUGCUAUGGCCAACAUCUCACGGCUUAGCAGCAUCAGCAUCAUCAGCAGUAGCAGAACCAACACCAACACCACCAGCAUUAGCAGCAGAACUGGAAACAAAAACAGAAUUAGGAUCACCGUCAGCACUAUUUAAGGCUAGGAUUCAAAUAACGGAAACAGACUUAGCGGCGGAUCAUGAGGAACUCACUGGUAGGAGUCAAUCUGGUUGGGAGGUUCGCUCUUCUAGUUUUAGGGGCGUCCAUUGUAACUUGGUGCUACGCGGCGUCGACGUCACCAGAGCACCAGAUUAAGAAUGCUUCCGCUCAAUGUGUGCUCCCGCUGGGAAUGGAAGAGGGUAAAAUACCCGACGACGCGAUAUCUGCUUCAUCUAGUUACGAGACCAAGUCUGUCGGUCCUCAAAAUGCCAGAAUCCGCCAGGAGAAAAACGGAGGCGCGUGGUGUCCCAAAGCGCAGAUCAGCAAUGACAUCCGCGAGUAUUUGGAGAUCGACUUGACGACGAACCACUUGAUAACGUGGACAGAAACCCAGGGCCGGUUUGGAAAUGGACAAGGCCAAGAAUACGCGGAGGCGUUCUUCCUCGAGUACUGGAGAAACUCUAAGUGGUAUCAGUACAAGACGCUUUCAGGUGACAAAAUUCUUCGAGGCAAUAGCAAUACGUACCUGGUGGAGAGACAGAAACUAGAGCUGCCUUUCGUGGCGAGUAGAGUACGCUUCGUGCCCUACAGCCAGCACCCAAGGACCGUGUGUAUGCGAGUAGAGAUAUACGGUUGUAUGUGGGAACAACGAAUAGUAAAGUACAAGAUACCUCGGGGCGUAACCUUUGGUCCCGGGGGCUCCAAUGUUGAAGACACGUCCUACGACGGACGUACAGAUAUAGACGCUAAGUAUUUAAUAGAUGGUCUUGGUCAAUUAGUCGACGGAAUGCUGGGCGAGGAUCCCAGGGUUUCUUCAACCUUAGCUCAUUGGGUCGGGUGGACAGAUAUAAAUCCCGUACCCCUUGUUUUUGAAUUUUCUGACCUUCGGGAGUUUAACAUGUGCGUUAUUUACGCAGCCAAUGCUCCUGUUCGAGGCAUCGAGGUUUUUAAAAAUUUAAAAAUCUGGUUUUCUAAUGACGGAGAGAGUUAUGAUCCAUCAUCAAUAGAGGUAUCUGUUGAAGAGAAGUCACCCUAUUCGCCAGGAAUUAUUCCAAUAGUCGUAUCGCUAAAAUCUCGGCUGGGUAGAUUCAUUAAAUUGGAACUUGAGCCGCGCUCAAAGUGGCUUCUUGUUAGCGAGAUUUCCUUCGAGAGCUUUGCAGGAUCUAGGUUUGGUAAUUCGAGCGAGGAGGGACCAUUGGACACCGUCUCAACAGCCCAGAACGAUUCCAUCACCACGGAGGACCCGAGCGAGUCGUCCUUCAACGAGUUUAACAUCACCGACUCGGAUUCAAACGGGAACCAGACGCCAGACGCGUUUCCAGUAAGCCCCAGGUGGUCCCAGACGUACAUCGGAUUGGUAAGCGGCGCCCUGACGGUCCUGUUACUCCUGCUGACCUGCACCGUGGUCCUGAUGAAGCUUCGCGGGCGAAACAAGGUAGCACUUCUUCAAAAACACACGGCACUGCUUUGUGGCUCAACAGCUCCAGGUAUAACGAUAAAUGUGAAGGAUUUGAAGCUGCCGACCCCGAUCGUCGUUAACGGAACGCAGUCGAGACUGACGGGCAGCUUCAAGGGCUCCUCCUCCAAGCUGAGGUCCAGCUCGAUGUCCAGCUACGACGCGGCGACCUUGAUGAGGGACCACAUGCAGCAGAGCCACUCCUGCGACAUGGCCAGCGAGUACGAGCACCGCAGCGUGUACGCAGAGAGCACCUACAAGCUUCUUUUUCCCGAGGAGAGGUUCAGUGGCUCCAAAACUGACUAUGCAGACGUUGCCGAGUUUGCUUCUGAGUCGGUUAAUUCCGGCACUGCUGGGGGCUCCACGACUUCCUCGGCUAAGGUUUGCGGUGGUAAUUCAACAGUAGCCUUGCCUGAGGCGGAGACGAAUGAAAGGCCGCAACCGCAGACUCCCUAUGCCCACAGGUCCUCCAAGCAUCAUGGUUAUUCAUCCAAGGGUCAUAAAGUGUAUGAGGGAUACUACGCAGCCACUGACAUUCUCACGACUAAAUUUCAGAUAAAAAGAAGAGAACAGCACACUGGAUCGAGCUUGUUCACGUCGCUGCUAAUAGAAGAUUAUUAUAACCAGCACCAACACCAUAAUCAUAAUCAACAUCACCACCACCAGCAUCAGCAUGCUGUUGACAAUUACGACAUACAACACAUAUCAAGACACCGAUUGCGAAUCUUGGAUAAAAUAGGAGAGGGUAGCUUCGGGUUUGUUCAUCUUUGUGAGGCCAAAGGAAUUCACAGCCCGGAUUUGGGCACUAUGAGAAAUCGACAAUUGGUUAUUGUACGGUCUCUUUGGCGCGGAGUUACCGACUCGCUCAAGAAAGAUUUUAUGAGAGAUAUGUAUGUUCUGGCUAAAAUCCGUGACCCAAAUAUCACGAGAAUAGUUGCAUUAGUUGAGGAGGAGCCUUUUGGUGCGGUCUUCGAGUAUGGCGAGCUUGGAGAUCUGCCAGAUUUCAUUCGCAAUCGUGAAAAAUCAGACAACGAAGCGCCAUUAAGUUAUAAUCGAUUACUUAAAUUUAUUACACAUAUUGCAUCGGGUAUGAGAUACUUGGAGAGCCUUAAUAUAGCUCAUUGUGACCUAGCCGCAAGGAAUUGUGUGGUGGGUAAGAAUUUAUCGAUCAAGGUAUCAGACCACGCAAUGUAUUGCAGUAAAUACGAUAGUGAGUAUUACGUUAACGAGUGUUACACCAAGAUACCGCUCCGCUGGAUGGCAUGGGAGGCUGUAUUACUGAGUAAACGAAGCUGUCAAGCAGAUGUAUGGUCAUAUGCAACAACAGUAUGGGAGAUAUUAACAUACUGCGAAGAUUUACCAUUUUCGGAAAUGACUUCGGAGCAAGUGCUGGAGAACUGCGGUAAUUGGUACCAUUCUACGAGCACGAGCACCACGACAUCGUCAUCGUCAUCCCAAGACAAGAAAACACGUGUACUAUCACAGCCGGCAACAUGCUCCAGGGAUCUCUACCGUAUGAUGACCAAGUGUUGGAGUAAACACGCAGAAGAGCGGCCGAGUUUCGAAGACAUAUACGUCUUCCUAAAACGUUUAACGCUUAAUGAAUAGAAAAUUACUGGGGACCGGAAGAGCUCGGCAUGUCGCAGGACCAAUAACCCAACACAAUCAGCUACCAAGCAUUAAUCUCUAUAUAUUUAUAUCAUAAAUAAAUAUAUAUAUAUUAUAUACAUAUACAUUGUAUGUACAAUCACCAACCACCACCACUGGCUGAGGGGAUAACUCUGGCCAACUAAUUUAUGCUCAACUAGGUUUAUCUUCUUCCUGUAAGCAUAAUCGUAACUUAUUUAUAAGCAUCUACAAGGUAAGAUUUUUUAUAAUCCAUGUCAAGUGCUAAUUUCUCUCCAAGCUCAUCGAUAACACAACAAGAUUAAAACAAAUAGUAAUACCCGAUAAGAGUAGGCAGAUUAAAUCUCAUUAUUUAUAGAGUUUUUUUUCUUGUUUUUUUUUUUUUUUUUUUCAUCGCUCUUGUAUAUUAGCCGUUAGAGCAAGUCAAUAUAAAUUAGGUUAUUAAAUAUAUAUUGAUACGAGACUAAGACGUGGAGUUUAUUGAUAAACAAGUUAAUACUAAUUAAUAAUUAAUCAUGUUUAUUAUUAAAUAAUAAUAAUAAUAAACACAAUGCAAUUAUCAACGACGAUAAAUUUAAGAGUAAUACGCUUCAUGAGUUAAUGUUCACGUUGCGUCCCACAUAUCCUAGUCUUCACUGUAAGCCAAAGACGCGUCGUUAAAUUUAUAUCAUGCUCAUGAUAAAUAUUAUAUCAUUAUUAUUAAUUAUUAAUGACUAAUGACUAACUUAUAAUUAUAACGAAGGAUUACAUAAGAAAUUUAAGAUGUAUAUGUAUAGUUGAGUGGACUUCUUGUAAAUUAAUUAAUAUAAUACACCUGUACCUUUCCUCUUCGCCGCUCAGGUCUGUCAUUACUUACUAAUACGGCUUCUAUUCAUGUUAUUAUUAUCAUUAUAGUAGUUAACUUGAGUGCAUUGUUGCUCGAGCGCUUAGCUCUUCCUCAAUUCAAUAUCACAAUUUAUUUGUAUAUUACAAUUUACGUUACAUUCGGAGAAUAAUUGUUACUAUUGUCUGUACUGAACAGGACAAACUAUUGAAUUGAAUUUAAUUAAAUUGGAUUGAAUAUCAUUAAAUAAUAAUGAAUAAUAUAUUAUUUUACAUAAUGACAAUUAAAACAUAAGAAGUACCACAAAUGCAAUCAUCGGAUUGUGAUAUGUCAUAUGACAAAAAUUGCUUGAUAUCUCUUCUUACAGAUAUAUAGAUAUAUAUGAAAUUAUUUAUAUAAAACGUAUAAACUAUUUAAAAAUGUUUACAAAAUAAAAAUAAUAAAUAAUAAUAAUAAUGAUUAUUAUUAUUAUUGAAAAAAAAACCAAAAAAAAAAAAUAAUUGAACGGAGAAUGCUGAAUUAGUAUUAACAUUUAUGUUAAAUAAAACGCGGUAUUAUCUAUUAUUGACAAAAUACUACGAGGAAUGACAAUUUAUACGACAAUCAAUUUUUGGGAGUUGCAUCACUCGUGAUAUAUGAUAUUGCAAAUUAUAAUUAUUAAUUAUUGGGCUAAAGUGAAACUAGUUAUUUGUUAUAAUUAUAAUGCAGUAUUUGCUUUGUUGAUAAAACAUAGUAAUUAAUUAAUUAUUAAUUAUAUAAUUAUUAUUAUUAUUAUUAUUAAUAUUAUCAUGGUAUUAUUAUUAGUUAUAAUAAUAAUAAUUGGUGAUGAUGAUGAUGAUUAAUUUGUAGUCUGUACAUAUAUAAUCAAGCGAACAGUAUUGACUCUUAAUUAAUGUUAAAAUGUUUUAACAAUAAUAAUCAGACGCCCAAAUGGUUUAAUGUCUCCAAGUAGUCGAUAGAUUUUAUUAAACAAGAUCCGUAGUUCUAAACAAAAAAAA